CCCUUCCAUCCCAUGGUGAACCUGCAGUGCUCUCCGGACCUCAGGAUGUUCCUGUGCGCCCUCUACGCCCCGGUGUGCACAGAGUACGGCCGCAUGACGCUCCCCUGCCGCCGCCUCUGUCUGCAGGCAAAGAGCGACUGUUACAAACUGAUGGAAAUGUUUGGUGUCAGCUGGCCAGAAGAGAUGGAUUGCAACAGGUUGCCGGACUGUGACGAGUCCUACCCUCGUCCCGUAGACCUGCUGUCCAGCUCAGACUCCACCGAAUCCCCGAUCUCCGUCCAGCGAGACUACGGCUUCUGGUGUCCCCGAGAGCUCAAAAUCAACCCCGAGCUCGGCUACUCCUUCAUGGGGGUCCGCGACUGCUCCCCUCCCUGCCCCAACAUGUACUUCACGCGCGAGGAGCUGACGUUUGCCCGCUACUUCAUCGGCGUGGUGUCCAUCGUCUGCCUCUCCGCCACCCUCUUCACCUUCCUCACCUUCCUCAUCGACGUGUCGCGUUUCCGCUACCCGGAGCGCCCGAUUAUAUUCUACGCCGUGUGCUAUAUGAUGGUGUCCCUAGUGUUCUUCCUCGGGUUCCUGCUGGAGGACAGAGUCUCCUGUAAUGCCGCGAGUCCUGGGAGGUUCAGGGCUUCGACGGUGACUCAAGGCUCACAUAACAAGGCCUGCACGCUUCUCUUCAUGGUGCUGUACUUCUUCACCAUGGCCGGCAGCGUCUGGUGGGUCAUCCUCACCAUCACCUGGUUCCUGGCGGCCGUUCCUAAGUGGGGCAGCGAGGCCAUCGAGAAGAAGGCUCUGCUCUUCCAUGCCUGCGCCUGGGGGAUCCCCGGGAUCCUCACUGUCACUCUGCUCGCCAUGAACAAAAUCGAGGGAGACGGUAUCAGCGGGGUUUGCUUCGUGGGGCUCUACAACCUAACGGCGCUACGCUGGUUCCUGCUGGUCCCCCUGGGACUGGAUGUAGUGGUUGGUGUGGCUCUGCUGCUGGCGGGCAUUGCGGCACUGAACCGAGUCCGCAUGGAGAUCCCACUGGAGAAGGAGAACCAGGAGAAGCUGGUGAAGUUCAUGAUCCGUAUCGGGGUCUUCUCCGUGCUCUACCUGGUGCCUCUGCUCACCGUCCUGGCCUGCUACCUCUACGAGAACAGCUACAGAGCCGUCUGGGAGACCACCUGGGUCCAGGAGAAGUGUCGAGACUAUCACAUCCCCUGUCCCUACCAGGUCGAGAACACCAGCCGUCCCGAUCUUGCCUUGUUCCUGAUCAAGUAUCUGAUGAUGCUGAUCGUAGGAAUCCCUUCGGUGUUCUGGAUCGGCAGUAAGAAGACCUGCUUCGAGUGGGCUAGCUUCUUCCACGGCAAGAGACGCAAAGAAGCAUUAACCCCCUCUCCCACCGCCUGCUCCACACACUCUUCCAUCCUCUUCUACCACACCCGACAACCCACCACCUUCCCCCUCUCCCUCCCCACCCUCCUACGUCUCUCCCUGCCCUACCUACCUCCAUCCCCCUCCUCCUCCUCCUCCUCCUCCUCCUCCUCCUCCUCUUCCUCCUCCUCCUCCACACCCUCCCUGCCCUCCUCCUUUCCCUGCUGCAGCGGGAUGGUCAACGAGAGCCGACAGGUGCUCCAGGAGCCCGACUUCGCCCAGCUGCUGCUCAGGGACCCCAACACGCCCAUCGUGAGGAAGUCGCGGGGCACGUCCACCCAGGGCACCUCCACCCACGCUUCCUCCACGCACCUCGCCAUGUUGGACGAGCCACCCAGCGCAAGCACCAGCCGGGCCGGCUCGGUCCGCAGCGCCCGCUCCAAGAUGAGCAGUUACCACGGCAGCUUGCACCGCUCCCGAGACGGCAGAUACACGGCCUCCAGUUUCCGGGCGGCAGACGACCGGAUGCCGUACGGUAGCAUGCCGCGCCUCAACGACCAAUCCCAGUCCAGGCACUGCAGCACCAACCGCCUAGACAGCCUGUCGCGGCACGGCUCCACCCAGAGACUGGAGAGCCAAUCGCGGCACAGCAGCAUCAGAGACCUGGGCUCCGUCACCCAAGCUGUCCUCGGCGUUCCCGGGAACGGGAUUCACAGAGUGCUGGAGGAGGACGGAGCCACGGCCUGA